AUUAUAAUACAAAGUUAUUAAUCCUUAACAGUUUUAUCAGUUUAAUUAAUAAUUCACAAACUAAAAUCGUGCAAUAACUCUCCAGCGUCAUUAUGUAAUUACAGAACACUACUCCUACAGCUACCGUAUUGAAUGAGGAUUUUCAAAUUUCAGGAGUAUAAAUUUAGCUUAAAAUUUAUAAUAAAUGCAUUAAUUAAAAUAAAACCUUGAAUCAGUACAAAAUAUAUUUUCAAGCUCAUAAUUAAGGAUAUUAAAAAACUUGAAAGUGAAUAUGGCUAGCCUUUUAAAAAAUUUUGGUAAAUUUUGGAGAACUAAUAUAAAAAAGUUUGGUGUUUACGAGAAAGUGUUGCCACACUACACAACACCUAGUAGAACUGUACCUGAACACAUAGAACGCCCAGAUUAUAUUGUAAAACAAAAUCCAUAUGCCCCAAAGACACCAGAAGUUAAGAACGAUGUUCAAAUUGCUGGGAUGAAGGAGAGUUGUGCCGUAGCAUCUAGUAUUCUAAAUAAAUUACAUCCAUAUAUCAAGCCGGGAGCUACAACUGAUGAUAUUGAUGAAUUGGUUCACAACUUCAGUAUUGAGGCUGAUGCAUACCCCUCCCCACUGCACUAUAAGGGUUUCCCUAAGAGUGUGUGCACCUCAGUUAACAAUGUAGCUGUACAUGGCAUACCUGAUUUGAGACCCCUACUCAGUGGAGACAUCAUAAAUGUUGAUAUUACUGUAUAUUAUAAGGGAUAUCAUGGAGAUUGCUCUAAAACUUUCCUGGUUGGUGAUGUAGAUGACAGAGGAUUACAACUUGUAAAUGUUACUGAAGAGUGUCUUGAUCAGGCAAUAAAGUUAUGUGGACCAGAUGUGCCGUUUUGUGAAAUUGGAUUUAGAAUAUACCAGCACGCAAAAACAAAUGGCUUAUCAGUGCUACCAGCUUUCGUUGGCCAUGGUAUUGGAUCUUACUUCCAUGGCCCUCCAGAAAUUCAUCACACAUUAAACCGCUACCCUGGUCUCAUGAAACCUGGAAUGACGUUUACAAUAGAACCAGUGCUGUCCCAUGGAAGUGUCCACACAGUAAUGUUAGAUGAUGGGUGGACUAUCAUUACUGAAGACGGCUCCAGAACUGCACAAGUCGAACAUACUGUUCUUAUUACUGAAAAUGGUGCGGAAAUAUUAACCAAAUAGAAUCUUAAAUCAUAAUAAUAUCGGUGGACGCUUCACACCACGUCAGUCUGGCACUGUCAUAAAUACCUGAGGGACUUGUG